AUGAACAAGGAGAAAGUACAACAGUCGAUUAAGAAAUGGAUGAAAUGGGUUGCAGCGUUAUUGAUUUUCAGAAGAGAUAGGGCUGUCAUAUGGUCGAGUUUCUUGUCUUUGAAUCCAGCAUUCAAGGAAUUGUUGAAAAGUUCAGGGAUCAAAGCUUCAAAACCACAAGUUGCUAGAUUGUCCAAUUUAUUGAGCACCGGAUUGUUGUAUCUAGCUAUCAGUGGAAGCCUGCUGUUUCCUAGCGAUUAUGGUAUAAUCUAUAUUUGGUCAAGUUACAUAAGUGAGUUGAAUCCACCAUCACAUUCUCAAAUCUUGGUAUCCAAAACAUCACCAUACUUCAAACUUAACUAUUAUAAUUCUCCUAAAUUGAGAUAUCUUUACAAUAACAAACACUACAUAAUUUUCCCAGUUAUGUUUGCUCAAAUGUUAUCGAAUUAUUUGACACCCACGAAAUUUAAAUUGAAUCAAAGAUAUUUAUCCUCAUCAAUCAAAUCAAGAAUUUUGAAUCCCAUUUGGAUCAAUUUCGAGAUGGGCUACAAGACCCAUAAAAUCAACUGGCUGGGCCUCUUAAGAAAUUACUUGUUGCACAACUUGUCAUUUUUUGCCAUUUAUGGUGCCUUGAAUUUUAAAAAGAGGGUGAUCGAUCAUUACUACGAAUUGAAACACAAGGUCUACAAUGCCAAUAAGUUGAAGGAUUUCAAGAGUGUCUUUUUGAACUAUCUCACAUUCAUUUUCCACAAGUCGAAUUCUAUCACCAAUUUCAUCUACUUACCAAACUUAAUUUCAAUAUUGUUAAUAUCCCUUACAUCACCAUUGAUUAGAUACAUUAAUAACUCUACACACAAGAAAACAUUGUUCAAGAGCUACAUCAAAUCAAUAGGACUUGUGGCAGGUUUUAUCACCAUGGUAGCAAAUUCUAUGGAUUUGAUACCGGAUUAUAAUUACAAUUUGACGAAUUACGAUGAAGAUAAUAUGGACAUUCACGAAACAUCAAACAUAAGAAGGAUCCUGGAUGGAUUUUUCAAUGCUUUGAAUUUAUAUUUAAUCAAAUUACUUGUGUUGCAGAAAUGGAGAAUUUUGAAAGAAAAUCAUCCAAUUUUCAGAUAUUUCAAGUUGAAGAGCUGGAGAACUUUGGAGAACGUUGUAUUCUGCUAUGGUAUUUUCAAGUUAAUGAAUUUGAAUGACUUUUUGAAGGUCACCAAAGGUAAGGAUUACGGUUUGAAGGAAAACUCUUUGAUCAAAGCCAUCGACAGAAUCAUGUAA